AUGGAGGCUUCUCACCCUCCUCACGCCCACGCCCUCCCUCUCCCGUGCCCUCCUGCUCUUACGAACGACGCCGCAGGUCCGUACGCACACGAUUUCUCUGGACUGCCGGAACGCACCAACGCUGCGGCGGGGUUGUAUGCGAAGGCGUGCCUGGAGGUGGCGCGGCAGUGCGGGCUCAGGGCCAUCGACAUCUGGUGUAGGAUGCAGAGGUUCCCUGGCUGGGAGAAGUCGUUCCUCAGGGACGGGCUGGACCUGACGCUGCACGGCAACCGAGUGCUGUUCGAGGAGGUGGUGUUGGCGCUCAAGGACGCCAACCUCAGCCUCUAG